AGGUGCGCGGCGCGGCGCUUCGCGGAGACAGGAAGUGUGUCCCCAGCGGCGGCCCGUGCCGCGCUCCCGCGAGACGCUCACCUGCGCCCCAGGUGAGCGGUAAGGGGGGGUGGAGGAGGGCUGAACCGCAGGCGGCUCACCUGGCGGAACAGGUGCCUGACUGCAGCAAACCAUGCAAUGAGCCAUGCCCCGGCCGGGACAGACCCGCCCAUCAUCUGGGCCACCUCGCUUGGGACCCUGGGAGCGGCGCACGGAGCUAUGCCUGGAGACCUAUAAUGAGCCGCCGCACCUCCCACAACCCCCGCCAGGCCGCCGCACCCGUAGGCCAGACCCCAAGGACCCUGGCCACCACGGGCCCGAGAGCAUCACCUUCAUCUCUGGCUCCGCAGAGCCGGCCACGGAGCCCCCGGCUUGCUGCUUGCUUUGGCGCCCGUGGGGAUGGGACUGGUGCCGCGCUGCCUUCUGCUUCCGCCGCUGCCGGGAUUGCCUCCAGCGCUGUGGAGCCUGUGUGCGGGGUUGCAGCCCUUGCUUGUCUGCUGGGGACUCCACUGAGGGGGCUGCCGAAGUCAACUGGACCAAGGAGCACAAUGGCGUGCCCCCGAGCCCUGACCGUGCUCCUCCGAGCCGCAGGGAUGGCCAGAGGCUCAAGUCCACCAUGGGCAGCAGCUUCAGCUACCCUGACGUCAAGCUCAAAGGCAUCCCCGUAUACCCCUACCGCAGCGCCACCUCCCCAGCCCCUGAUACGGACUCCUGCUGCAAGGAGCCUCUGCCUGAGCCCCCUCCCAUGCGGCACAGCUUGCCUAGCACCCUGGCCAGCAGUCCUCGCGGCUCUGAGGAGUACUACUCUUUCCACGAAUCGGACCUGGACCUGCCCGAGAUGGGCAGUGGCUCCAUGUCCAGCCGGGAGAUUGACGUGCUCAUCUUCAAGAAACUGACCGAGCUCUUCAGCGUGCACCAGAUCGACGAGCUGGCCAAGUGCACAUCAGACACCGUGUUCCUGGAGAAGACCAGUAAGAUCUCCGACCUGAUCAGCAGCAUCACGCAGGACUACCACCUGGAUGAGCAGGAUGCCGAGGGCCGCCUGGUGCGCGGCAUCAUUCGCAUCAGUACCCGGAAGAGCCGCACUCGCCCGCAGACCUCAGAGGGACGCUCUGCCCGGGCUGCUGGCCCCGCUGCUGCUGCCCCUGACAGUGGUCACGAGACCAUGGUGGGCUCAGGUCUCAGCCAGGACGAACUGACAGUGCAGAUCUCCCAGGAGACGACAGCAGAUGCCAUCGCCCGGAAGCUGAGGCCAUAUGGAGCCCCAGGGUACCCAGCCAGCCAUGAUUCGUCCUUCCAGGGCACCGACACGGACUCAUCAGGGGCACCCUUGCUCCAGGUGUACUGCUAACCCCACUGGGCCCAGCAGUGCAGCCACUCCUGGGAGAAGCCUACAGAAUAGAAGGGCCAAGACCCAUUUUGGGAGAGGCUGGACUGCGAGCCCAGGGGCAGUGCCCUCUGGCUCCUUGCCUUGGCUGACUGGCUCCUGAGCCACUGCGUUUCACAGGGCUAUGGUGCCCACAUCUGCAUCCCCCUGGCCUGACCCCUGCCUGGGCC